AUGUGCAAGCUCACUCUAAUCACAGGUCUCUGUUUGAUCAUCUGCAGCUUUGCAUCCUCCUCCAGGCUGGUGUGUUACUAUAACAGCGAGGCUGAAAAUAGAGCGGAUGAUGGGAAGUUCACAAUUUCAGAUAUCGAUCCAAACAAGUGUACACAUCUGAUCUAUGCCUUUUCUGACAUUAACAACACAAAUGAGCUGGUGCCCAACAAUGCAGCUGACUUACAACGCUAUCAGUCUUUCAAUGGACUCAAAACCAGCAAUCCACUGCUCAAGACCCUGCUGGCGGUUGGAGGCUUGACCUUCAACACACAGAAAUUCAGUACAAUGGUGGCAAACGAACAAGAAAGAACAAAGUUCAUCAAGUCUGCAAUCACACUACUGAGAGCCAAUGGCUUUGAUGGACUAAACCUGGACUGGAGGCACCCUGGGGGAUCUGGAAGCCAAACAGAGGACAAGCAGAGAUUCACACUGCUGUGCAAGGAGCUCAAUGAGGCCUUUGUUGAUGAAGGAACAGCGUCUAACCGUGACAGAUUAAUCGUCACUGCAAGUGUCUCUGCUGAGAAAGCAACCAUCGAUGCCAGUUAUCAAGUAUCAGAGAUUGCCAUGUACCUGGAUUUCAUUAAUGUGUUGACAUUUGACUUUCACGGCCCCUGGGAAAGUGUCACAGGACAUCACAGCCCACUAUACCAGGGAUCCCAAGACACUGGAAACAAAACCUACUUGAACACUGACUAUGCCAUGCGGUACUGGAGGGACGAGGGAGCACCUACACAAAAGCUAAACUUGGGGUUAGCGGCAUAUGGGCGCGCUUUUGACCUGUCCACUGCAUCCAGUGAUGUUGGAGCACCAGCCAGUGGUCCUGGUGAAGAAGGCUGCUACACCGGUCAAGAGGGAUUCUGGGCCUCUUAUGAGACUUGCCUUUAUAUUGAAGAGGUUACUACCGAGCUGAUUGUUGAUCAGAAAGUUCCAUAUGCCACCACAGAAAAUCAGUGGGUUGGAUUUGACAACAAAGACAGCCUUGAUACUAAGGUCAGCUACCUAAAAACUAACAACUUUGGAGGAGCCUUUGUCUGGUCUCUGGACCUGGAUGACACUACUGGACAGUUCUGCAAAAUGGGCAACAGCCCUUUCAUCAGCCACCUUCAUACUCUCCUGGUUCCAGAACUGCACUCUGAAGCGACCCUGAGGUGUAGGCACAAAAGCUGUGCACCAUUAUUAAUCUGA